AGAGUGUGUGUGAUUGAUUACGACGGAGAAGACGAAGGCUUAAUGGCUACAGAGACAUCGACGCAAUCUUACAGUGAGAAAUGGUAUUGGGACGAGCGUUACACGAACGAAUCUGAACCGUUUGAUUGGUACCAGAAGUAUUCAUCUUUAGCUCCUCUCAUUAAUCUCUAUGUUCCUCACCGUAAUCAACGAGUCCUCGUCAUUGGCUGUGGAAACUCAGCGUUUAGCGAAGGAAUGGUGGAUGAUGGAUAUGACGAUGUAGUCAAUAUUGAUAUAUCAUCAGUGGUGAUUGAUACCAUGAUUAAGAAAUACUCUGAUCGUCCUCAGCUCAAAUAUUUGAAGAUGGAUGUGCGUGAUAUGAAGGCAUUUGAAGAUGCUUCUUUUGAUGCUGUUAUCGAUAAAGGAACCUUAGACUCUAUUUUGUGUGGGAGCAAUUCCAGGCAAUACUCAACACAAAUGCUUGAAGAGGUUUGGAGGGUCCUCAAGGAUAAAGGAGUCUAUAUCCUGAUUACAUAUGGAGCUCCAAUUUACCGUCUUCGCCUGUUGAAAGAAUCAUGCUCUUGGACAACGAAACUCCAUGUUAUAGACAAAAGUUUAACCGAUCAACCGUUAGAAACCCCAAAAUGGGAACUGACAAAACCACUUCCUCUAAAUGCUGAUGGAAGUUCAGUGGAAUCUGCGAUAGGCAAAAGCCCUGAUGUCCAUUACAUCUACGUCUGCAUUAAGGAUGAGUCGUUGAAGAUGGAGGCAGACGCAGCAUGACCUCAUGGGAACCUUUUUUUGUGCCAUUUGCUCCGAACAUACAAGUCCUUUAAGGUCUUAUUUUUGUGUGUUUUGUUGUAUUUAUCUACAAAAGGAAGACGAGUAAUAUCUUGAGUUCAUGUUUACUCCCUAAUUAGAGGAGGAACAAAAGUUUUAACCAUAA